GCCGCCACUGCUACAGCCGGCCACAGGACUUUCGGACGUGCACGUAGAAGUGCGAACGCCGCAUUCGACAGACGACUCGACGCUCGCUCGCGCCGCACUUGGUGGCCGACCCUUGAGUGGGCAAUCGUUUUGAAUAACUCGCCGCCGCCACUACCGUUGACACCACUACAGCACGCCUUCUGAGUACUCAUUACUUGUCGACGAGCCGGUAUUUUUUGUGGUUGACCCCAUCCGGUGAACUUCUUAAUUGACCCGGUGGCAUUGUUGCUUAUAUUUAUUCGCCGAAUGUCGGUAAUGUAAUGCGAUCAUUGACCGACUAUGGCGUUAUUGUACAGGUUGGUUAAACUUCCGGACCGCGUCCAAACACACGUUUUUACAUUCGUGGUAACUAAAUCGGUAACAAGGGACCCGGACAGGGACGUAACGUCCAAAGAGUUUGCGUGUGGUCAUCAGAAAUGGUCAAUCACUUUUUCUCGGACAGACAAAAUGUUGGGCGCGUACCUCGUGUGGAAGAGCAUGUCCGAAUCUGUGCGAGUCUACGUGGAUUUCACGUUUACAAUACUAAAUCGAGAACAUUUUAGCGUAAACGAAUCAUUCGCAGGGAAACAAGUAAAGUUUACAACGGAAUGUCCGGCGCAAGGCAACAGAAAUUACAUUCCGGUCAGCGAUCUGUACGGGAGAAACUUCACCGACGCCAACGGAGAGUUUCAGCUGGAACUAUCUAUAGGACAUGUCCGUACACUCUACGAUACGGAAUUUCGAGUGCCGGCGUCACUCACGUCACGGAUAAUGCAUCACCAUCACCAAAUCCAAAAUCACCACAGUUCAUCGGCAAACAAUGCGUUGCAACAUCAGUACGGUAACACGUCUCCCAGAGGUUCCAAAUGCAAACUUGAAACUACUUAUUUCACGUUUGGCGGUUUUGAUUGGAAUCUAGCAUUAUAUCCUCAUGGCGUUAAAGACGCUUCAUGCACAUCUACAGAAGGGCGUAUGUCAGUUUACUUGAACCGAUGCACUGGAUUUGACCACCAGUGCCGUGUUCGUUACAUGCUUGUGUUGGGUGACGGAGAAAAGCGAUUGGACUCUGGUGUAUUAGACGAUGUUUCUGAUUCAGACGGGAAAAGUUAUGGUUGGCACCCUAGAUACAAAUUUUCGGAACUUGUAAUUAAAGGUACUAUAAGAGUUCACCUGGAAAUGAUUCUCGCAAACACCCUAAGUGAAGUGAUAUCUAGUAUAGUUAUUUCUGGUAGUCAACAUGGCGUUUCCACAUCAACUUCCAGUAAUGUAGUAGCAUCUCCAACAAAAACGCAGUGUUAUGAUAGAGACAAACAUGCGUGGUCUAUUAGAAGCGAUUGUCAAUCAGAAACAGUUCGACUUCAUAUGGUGUAUAAAGACAUUCAAAAUGUACCCAGAAAUCAUCUCAGGUACGUUUGUUGGACGGCUUACUUGUUGCGUUAUCAUGGUAAAACAGGUCAUGUGGAGCCUGUUCCUUUGCCGGGAGCACCAUUCAGUCAUUAUUAUGCCACAGAUGUCACCGACGAAGGGAUUAUCAUGGAGACUGACAUCGGUGUCAAAGAGCUUCGUGAAUCUGGCUGUCCGUUUUUAACAGAUAAAGGCCAGUUACGUGUGCAGGUAGAAUGGGAAGAAAGUUACUUAUUAUUUCAAGCCACUUAUCAUAAAUACGACGAUGUAAGCAGAACGCAUAACUAUCAAAUGAGACGCGAGAUCACUGCACUCCAAGCUGAGAAUUACAGUUUAGAAAGACAACUUUUUAGUUAUCAGAAAAGCAUGUCUCAAAGUAGAGGAUAUUCUGAUGAACUAGACCCCGCGGAGCAGAGUGUUGUCGAUGAUCAAGUACCAUUCUAUGGUGACGACGAUUCUAUGUUACCGAUGAAUCAAAUGAGUGGUCAUGCUCCAGACAGUUAUGGACAUCAUCACCACCACCAUCCAUGAGAACGGCUAUCGUUCCACGAGACCCCCGGUCACUCUUCGCGUCACUACCGAUAUUCGGAUGGUGGCGGUGGCCCUGUCACGUGGACAUCAAUGGCCAGCAAUGUGGUCACCACUGUGUUCAAGAAAGCCCAAAGACGCUUCAGCGUCAUCCUCUAUAACAGUAAUAACAACGCUUCUUUAUAAAAAAAAAAGUAAAAAUUUAUAAUUAUAUUUCUCUUUUAUAUCUUGAGGCUCUUAUGAAUGUUAACGACUGCAUUACAGACCUUUCUUGAAAACGAACAAAAUGUAUUCAGGGUGUUUGUCUUGUCAAUAACAAUGUGUGUAAUAGGAGUAUAAUGUAUUUAUGUCGAUAAAACCUUUUAAACAAACAUCUUGUGAUAACUUUAUCAUUUUUAUGAUUUCUUUUACGAUGAAAUUAUUUAAGUACUAUUUAAGCGUUAAAAAAUUAAUUUGCUUUUUAAAGAUCAUCUAUUAUUUAUAUAUUUUCUGUGUAAGUAUUUUUAUCGUACACUUCUAAAUGACGAUUUCAUGCUAAAACUCAAUGAAGAUUAACACAUUUUUCUACGAUGAUAUUAUUUUAAAUAAGAGUAACAAAUUAAGGUCGAUUGAAUUAAGCUGAAACUAAUUCUUUGGAAAUUUUGUACUAAUUAGAAUAAUUCCUCAUUUUGGUAUUAUAUUUUCAUUAAUUAAAACAUUGUAUUCAUUACAUGUUGUUAAAAUUUUGCAAAGAUAACAUGAUGUUUUGCGAUAAAAUUAAGUAUAAUAAAUAUUAUUAAGUGCAUAGGAAUAAACGGUAUCCAUAUCCAGACACGUAAAUAUUCAGUCUUAUAAUUGUAUUUUUAAAUUUAUGGACUUGUAAUAUAUUUAUCUAUCACAAAUAAUUUCCCAUAACUUUAAUGACAAUCUAUACAAUGAAAGAAUUAUAAUUCUGUUAAUUUUCAGUGUCCAGAUGAAUAGAUUAAUAUGAUAGAUAAUAUAUAUCAUUUUGAUUAUUACAAAAACAGUUAUAAAUUUAACAAAAAUAGUUAUUCGUUGAUAAUUCAAUGAUCUUGUAUUGACUAAAUGGUGCACAGGAGAUUCUUUUAAUUAUAUGAUAAUCGAACGUCUAUGAAAAUUUAAAUAUGAAAAGGAGAGAGUGUAUAUUUUCUCAUUUCCGUGUAUUUUGACGUUAAACAAACGAAUUAUAUAAUAUUAAAAAAGCGAUUUUUCUUCGGAGCCUCUAUUAAAACAUUAUUAACCAUUAACGUCAUUAAUAAAAAUUUUAUUCACAAAUAGAUCGUAUAAAAUAAUCGAAAUAAUUGAACAAAAGUUGCAUUUUAAACAUUAAUAUAAUUUAUUAUAAUUAUAUAUAUAGUCGAUAAAUAUUGACUAAUUUUGUUUUAACAUUAUUAUAUUUUUAGUGAGAAUAGGAAAAAUCGGUAAAAGUGUAAGUUGUUCUGUAUUUUUUAAAUAAAUUGAAUAGUAUUGCACUGAAAGCUUUUAGUUGCCAUUUUAAAUUUUCUUAUAGUGAACUGAAUUCUCCUCAAUAGAACUUAAUCUAAUAUUCUAGCUGUUGAAUAAUAUUUGAUAUGUGGUAGUAGAAUGUUAUUUAAAGUUUUUUCACGGUUCAGAUGAUACAAUUGGAUCUAUCGAUCUAGUUGGUAGUACUUAUUAACAAUUUUCAAUCUAUUAACAAAAAUAAAACGAAAAUUAUCUACAAAAUCGAUAUUGGUACAUAUGCAAAUGAAUACGUUCAACUAACGUUCUUAUCCAUUUAAAAAGAAUGAUUUAAUAAUAUAAAAUUAACCUUUUAACUUUAUUGAAAUACAAAGAAAUGUUCCAUUCAUAUUCGAUUGUUUAAAUAAUUUUCUAAAUAUUGAUAGAUGAACUUUCAUUAUUUUAAUUAAAUAUCUCUUUAUAACAGUGAUUUUUAUCUUAUUUACUGCACAAUUAGUCACAAAAAAAAAUUCAAUAGAAACCUCUUUUUCUCUGUAUUAUAGACAACAAUCUAUUACUUGUAUCUGCCAUCCAUGAUAAUUAUUUCCUAAAAACAUUCAACAUUGUGUAUUUACAAUCAAACAUAUGAUAGAGGAAAAAAAAUAAAUAGAAAAUGUAUAUUUUAUGUUGUAUAAAAGUCUCGGCUGAAGUAUAUCAUUCUAAAUAUAUUUCAAUGCAAUAAAGGACGCCACUACGAUGUUGAAUGGUUUUGUGUGGGUUCGAUUGUCUAAACAAGGCCAUAAAUAAUUUAUUUUUUUAUAGACCGACUAUUUGUUUGGUCGAUUACAAUCGUUGUUCAAAUAUUUCAUUUAACUAGGAAAAUAUGCGAAUCAUCAUUAUACGCGACAUCCUUACAGUAUUAAUAGACAUUGGCCUUAUAAUUUCCAACACCUUCGAAUGAUUCAGAAUGUCUGCGCUGAAUCAACAUCGCUGAGCAAUCAAACGAACUUUCAUAUAUUUAAUAUUAUUCGUUCAAGUUUGCCGCAUCACGGGCCAUACAAAUGAUUAAAUUCCAAAGACCACACGAUGGAAUCAUACGCGGCUGUGUGUUCAUACUAAAAACAAAAAUAUUUUCACUCCAAACAGUCGAUAACUUAUAUACGGCCUCAGAGUAAUCAUGAUUUUUAAUAUUAACUAGAAUUCAUUGAGUUUUUUCUCAAAGGUUAAGAUAAUUAAUGAAAAUUCAAAUUCAAUAUUACUCUAUCCACAAUUUUUAGCUUUUUAUAAUUAUAAUAAUAUUUAGCACUCACUGGCGUUUGUCCGAUUAUGCACUUUAGAAGGCGAUCUCGGAAGAAACCUUCGUGUUCAUCUCUGAACAUGAUAAUAUAAAGCGAAAAUAUUCUAAAAAAGAAAAUGUUUAAUGCGCUCGAAUACUACUGCUUAACUCUUUUCAAAGGUAUCCCAUAAAAGCAGAACGUCGAACAAAGUUUACACACUCGAAACACGUCCCAAGAGUUCAAAAGCUCAACGUUGAUACACUUAAUGUACAAGGAGUUUUAUUUUUUAUACGUUUUAAAUUUUUUUUGUAGUUGAUCCAAAAUUAUAUUAGAACUACAGUAAACUUAGGCUCGUUGCAUCAUGACAAAACGAUUUUUUCAUUAGUGUCAAAUGUGAUGUUUUCCUUUUUUGUUUAUCUUUCAGAAUGAUGUGUCCUAACGAUGAAAAUGUAUUCAGGUAAAUGACUGCUGUUAGGUAUAUGGAAUCACAAAACGCGCUCGUCGGUUUACUCUAAAUACAAUGUACUUUAUCACCAGAUUUGGUACAUUUAUCUAGCUUUAGGGAUCUCUAUUAUGUAUAUGCUUGUGUAUUGAAGUACUUGGAUUCGGGUUUUGGACUUUAAAGCGUGAAAAACAAGACAAAUAAAAAAAUCAUUAGUAUUUUUAGUAUAGCUGAUUUUUGAUUUAAUCUAAACUUUUUUAGAACAUAUUUAUGAUUUCAGAAAGCAAAACUCAUUUUUAUAUAACGUAUAAAGGGAAUUUAGAGAUAUACUGCGCACAUGGGCAGUGGCCGCAGCGUUUGCGAUUUUAAAAUAAGGAUUCUUAUAAUUUUUUCUCCGCAUAUUUUAAAACGAAUUUCAAUUAAUAUGGAUUUAAACUUUUGUAUCUGAUAUUGUUUAUUUUAAUUUAAAGUAGGGUGUUCGGUGUGGCGUAAGGACUAGCUUCACAAAUUUCUAGGCCGACCGAUACACACACAGUGUAGAAUUAUCUAAGAUUAAAUAAUCUUAUUGUAACAUUUUAAUGAAAAAGAUUUAAUAAACUCGAAUUUUUAUUGUUUAAUAUGUACUAGUAUACUUAAUUUUACAAUAAUUAGAAUUUUAUAUUUUAAUCUCGCAUAAUAUUAAUUAUGAAAAAUGUAUCGAUCAAAUUGUAUGUCUUUAUAAUGCGAUAAAAAUCUUUAUUUUAUACGUUUGCCUUGCUUACGAUAAUUUUAUGCACCAAAAUCGUAGUUUCUAUUAUUAAAAUAAUCUAAUUAUAUAUUUAAAAAAAUAAUUAAACGUUGAAUUCCUCUAUGAAUUGAGUAAUAUUAAACUAUUCGAGACUUACGCACUACUUCACGUAGUAAUCAUUUUAAUGUAUUACACACAAAUAAUAAUUUUUGCCCUAUAUUAAAAAAGUUUUUAACAUCGUGAAGUAUCUUCGUGAACAGCCAAAAGUUGAAAUUUGUAAGCAAACCGUCCAUUUAACCUUUACUUACGCUUCACAUAACUACAUCUUUAUUAUUUAUAAGGGUGUUUUUUUCACAUGGAGAUAUAAUAAAAAUACUAUUUUACAUAAGACAUGUUAUGGUAAAUAUUUUGCCAAGCUAAAACUUGAUUAUUGAUUACGUUAGUUAUUUAUUGGUACAUAAGCUAGACAAUGCAAAUUAAUAAUACUUGGGAAAUUUAACUAGUCAAUAUAUUUAUACUUGAACAAUAACACUCGAACUAUCCAUAUAAUUUACUCAAGUCUAGUAAAUUCCUCUUAAACCGUGUUGUAUCCUUGCGAUAGAUUCUAUGAAGAGUUCCGCUUGGCUUGUCCAAGAAAGUUUUGCAGAUUUCCGGUUUAAAGAGUUUACCCCUCGCAGGGGUGUCAUUAUUUAACAGAAAACUUUAGGCGUGUUUGAAACCACAUUUCAAAAAUGAAGUUUAAAUAUAAUUUGUUACUCAAUUUUUGGCGAAUUUCUUUACAACGUUUCUAAAUCCUUUGCAAUGAAUUUAUUAAUAUACUCUAUUUUAAAUUCUUAUUUUUUUAUCUGAGCAUAAUAUAUUAUAAAAUAUAUUUGUGUAUUUUUCAAAAAUUAUUCGAGUACAAUAUUGUACUUUGACUUGUUUUCGAGAAUUUAUAUUUUUGGUGGGCCAAUGACAUAAUAUUUAGUGGGGUAAAAGUAAACUUACAGGGCAAUUGUAUUUUUUUUCUUUUCAAGUACACCAAAAAGCUAUAGGGAUUAAAAAGGAUUAGCAAUUUUAUUUUGAUGUAUAGUUGACAUUUUUAUUAUAACACUGAAAUAUAAACGCACAAAUUAAAUAAUACAUUGUAAUUGCCUUAUUUGUUAAUUAUUGCCUAUUGAUCCGAAAAUUUAGGUUUAAUAAUACUUUACAACAUUAUAUUUACCACUAUUCAUCUGUCAAUUAACAUACUUUAAUACUAUUAUUAAAUUCGUUUUUUAAGUACCUAUUGUGAUAUAUGUUUCUACUAAUUUAUUUGUAUAAAAUAUAAGUAGAUUGUAAGUAGCUAUAUUAACCAAAUUUAUUUUUACUAUUGUAUUUAUAUUUAUUAAGUAGCUAAUGGUAAUUUUUCGGUGGUAUAGAAUUAGAAAUCUCUUUUUCGUCAAAUCGAAAAAAAAAUAUCUAUUUAUAUUUUUUCCAAAAUAAAUAAAAAAAACACUUUUUUAAUAUAUUUUCUUUAUUUAUUAUUUUUCAACUAUAAAAAUUAUUAUUACUUAUUACUAAUUUUUAAUUUUGUUUUUAAUAAAAUUAUUUUUAAAACUAAUAAAGUCAUGGAAUGUUAAUUUAAAAGUUUGUAUAAAAAUAUUUCCAUGCAAAAAAUUACUUUGAAUAUCCUGUUUCUCUUCUUUAGAAUUCUACUAGUAAGAUACAUUGAACACUUUUGACGGUUUAAGCUUUAUAUACAAAAAGUAAUAUAUUAUACAGACAAUAAUUUUUGAAUGCUAAUGUUACUGAUACAAAAUCUGUGGAUGUACUUAUAUCCGUGCCAUGACAAUCUGAUUUGUUAGUUUCUUUAAGGGCUGUUUUUAUUUUUACCACUGUAAUAGAAUUCUUAAAAAAGUCCAACUGUUAUAUUGUUUUAAUAUUUCUUUUUAAAUCUUUUGUUCAUUACAGCUUAUGCUUAAAUUAAAUAGUAGUUUUUCUCAUUUAAUUAAUGUACUGUAUUAUUUUAUUAGACAAUUUAUGAUAGAACUAUGUAUUACUGAUCAAAUAAAUUUUAUCUGAUACUAUA